CCCAGUUUCAUCUGUACGACGAAAGUAUGAGAAUGGCUGUGAAGAAAGGAUGCCAGCAAGAACCCGCAGCGUCCGGCGGCAGGAGCGGGAGUCGGGCAGACGGGUUGCGAGGAUCUGCGCCGCCCACGGAUAUUCGAGCGAUUUCCAAGGAUUUGGAGCGCGGGGAAGGAGGGCACCUGGGCAUGAAGACCUUGCUGGAACAAGUCGACCAGGACGGGCAGUUUGUAGCAGCAGGAUCGUCGCACGGAUCUUCACGGGCUGCAGCAGUUUCUGGAGCAGGGCACGUCAAGAAUUAUUGUUCUUCUAGUAUACAACAGCAUCAAGGGAUGAAAGCCGCAACCGCAACCUCCGUUACGGGCCUGCGCGACAUUGUCAGCCUGAAGUCAA